GUUGAAAUCUCCAGCGAAGCAACCUGCGUCCCUGACGUUGAGAGAGAUGCGCGAGCGGAAUCUAACCCUUUUCGAGGAUAGCUUUCCAGGUGACGUAGAGCUCCAUGCCUCCGAUCCGAGCUUUUCUUUAGCCGUCAGUUCUGGAUCCGAAGUUGCACUACUCUUGCUCGACGUUCUCCGAGAAAUGUCACCCCCGGACAACAUAACGAACCUCAAUUCUGCGAAAACGACGACAGAUGAUGAUAAAGUAGAUAAUGUAAUUGUAAAUGUCAUUGGCAAGACUAACAAAGGGAUCAUGCGGC